AUGGGCAAGAUCUGCACGCUCGAGCUCUUCACCGCACGCCGCGUGGGGAGCUUUGCGGCAGUGAGGCAAGUGGAGAUGGAGAAGUUCCUGGCGAUGCUCUCCCAGAAUCUAGGAAGAACGGUGAACAUAACCCAGGAGGUCACCGUCCUCACCUUGGAGAUCAUGCAAACGCUCGUGUUUGGGACGAGGCGGACCUUCGGUGCCAACGAUUUCGUCCGCUUGGUCCACCAGGGGAACGAGCUGGGCGGGAGGCUACACAUCGGCGAUUACGUCCCAUGGCUUAAAUGGAUGGAUCUCUCGCUGCCCAAGCUGAGAACCUUAGCAACCAAAUUCCAUGCCUUGCUUCAAGCACACAUUGAAGAGCACCGAUCCUCCAUAGCCAAGCAAGGACAUGGCGGCGAGAGCUUCCUGGACGUCUUGCUCUCGCUCGACAACAUGUCAGAUCUUACCAUCCGGUGCCUCAUGCUGGAUGCUGUGAGUGCAGGGCUGGACACGACUGCCACAGCGAUAGGAUGGGCUCUCACGGAGCUACUUCUUCAUCCACAAAUCUUGGCAAAAGCCCAGAAGGAAUUGGACGACGUGAUCCCUGCUAGUAGCGCCAUGGUGAGCGAGGCCGACAUUCCCAAGCUCAAGUACCUCGGCGCGAUUGUCAAGGAGACCCUGCGCAAGCACCCUCCGGCGCCACUCAUGGUUCCACGCGAAUCCACCGCCGAGUGUAAGCUUGAAGAAGCUGGCUACAUGAUCCCAGCCAAGACCCAAGUGUUGAUCAACCUCUACGCCAUCGGCCGGGAUCCAAAAAUCUGGGAGAACCCUCUGGAGUUCAUCCCGGAGAGGAUGAGCAGCGAAUUCAAUGCGGCCGUGGAACUCAUGACGUUUGGCUUUGGCCGGCGAUCCUGCCCGGGGAUGAACUUGGGGUUGACUGCUGUUCAUCUCGUUCUUGCCAAUCUUCUCUACAGGUUCAACUGGACAACACCGGAUGGUAAAGAGGUGGACGUGGGCGAGGGGGUCGGGUUCACGCUCAUGCGGGCUCGUCCACUUGCAUUGGUUCCACUUCUCCGCAAGUAG